AAAAGAAAAGAAAAGAGUCCCAAAUGGCCAGUGACACGGUGAUGAAGAAAAGUGGAGGAGCAGGUGAAGCGGAGGUGUUAGACGGUUCGGAUAUAAUGGAAUUAGUUGGAAACGAGAAAGUAUUCAGCAAUUACGUGAAUCAUAAAUUUGAGGAACUCGAUCAAGAUAGAGACGGAAAGCUCUCAGUGAAGGAGCUCCAACCCGCUGUAGCUGAUCUUGGUGGUGCUCUUGGUCUUCCUGCUCAGGGAACCUCUCCUGAUUCUGAUCAUAUCUACUCUGAGGUUUUGCAACAGUUCACUCAUGGUAAACAAGAAACAGUAAGCAAGACUGAGUUCAAAAAAGUUCUCUCAGACAUUCUACUAGGAAUGGCUGCUGGGUUGAAGCGAGACCCAGUUGUGAUCCUCAAGAUCAGUGGUGAGGACCUGAAAGAAUUCAUCAAUGGCCCAAGAUUUGAACCAGAGAUAGUCUCUAUAUUCUCACAGAUUCAAACAGUUAAUGGAUCCCUCCGUGAUUACAUUAUCAAGGCAUUGGAGCAGCUCAAAGUUGAUCAUGGAAUGCCUCCUUCCACAGAUUCUUGGGUUGCUAGCAACAUUGUGGAACCAGUUCUCCAGUCAUGUGCAAUAGGUGAUCAGAAAGGAAAUGUUUCUCAAGAGAACUUCAUAGAAGAAUUCAAGAAGGUAGCCUUGAGUCUGGCUCAGCGUCUCAAGGAGCAACCAGUCAUCGUCGCUCACAGCGAAAACAACUUUGAAGGGAGCAGCAUCAAGAGGUUAUUAACCAACAAAUUCGAAUUGGAUAAGUCGUUGGAUGCAGUGGUGAGAGAUCUACCAAAAGAUCGACACAACAAGGUGUCUAAGGAGUAUCUACGUAUCGCCCUGGAUUUGCUGGCCCCCACAGCUGGUUUGCCUCCUUUAGGUGCUGUUGAUCAGAUGGACAAGGUUAUAAGUGAGGCGUUUACUCUGGUGAAUGCCGAUGAUGGCAAGGCAGUUUCAGAGGAAGAAUUCAAAAAAUUCAUGACACAGAUCCUUGGAAGUAUUAUGUUGCAAUUAGAGGGUGUUUCCAUUUCGGUUUCUUCAAACUCGGUCGUGCAUGAGACUCUUUCUACUUCUUCAACCCUGCUACCCUCAUCGACAUCUUGAAUGUCGGUUUUUAGAAGACAAUGAAGAA